AUGUUUCUUCCACCACAAUGUUCAUUGGGAGGAGAAAUUCCUUUCGUCGGCCGUAACUCUUUCUCUUCUCUACAUUGUGAUCCACGUGGUGCUGUGUGGGCUGUUGAUAAAUCUAACACACAGGUCUUUUAUUUCUCUGCUACUAUGGUAUCAGACAUGAUAUCAUCACCAGCGAUGACAUCUGUUGAACCUUCUACUCCUAUUUUUGAGUGUAAUGAGGAUGACCGUAUUCUUUCAAUUGCGUUUCCAACGAUUUGCGGUUGCCAACAGGUCUUUGUUUGUAUUGCCACUGUAAAAGGGUGUCUUGUAUUAUGUGAUGCAGAUAAUCCACAAAUUGUGCUACAUCAAUGUGAGUUAGAGUCACAAUUAACAGCUAUAACCGCUGUUUCUAUAAAUGAAGGGAGUGAAGCUCAGAAGAAUCACAUGGGAGGAUCAGUACCAUCAGUAUUAACGACAGAGGAUAUGGUGAGUGGUGUUUCAGUAUUAGUUUCAUUCUUUGAUGGUAUUUUUAGCGAAGUAGUGUUAGUAGAAUGGGGUGGGGAUGAAGAGGGUGUCAGUGCAACAGGUCUCUUUCGUAUUCGUGGUCGUCUUCACACUAUAAUGAUUGAUGAGAUGUGUGAGCGAAUCGUAACGGUUGCUCAACGCGGGGAUGUGGAUGUGUGGAAUUGGCGGCGUAGUGUAGAUGAGACACUUAUAUUUGGUAUGCCAGCAUAUGAUACGAAUGAGUAUGGUGAACCCUCCUGUUGUACACUGGUUCGUGGGGAACGUCUUUGGAUAGGAACAACAACAGGAAAUAUGGUAGUUUUUCCGUUAUUGUUACCACAUACAUCUAUGCCUUCUUCUUCUUCUUUUUCAAACAAGAUGGAAAAAGACGGUAAGGCUCCACGAUGUGUGUGGCAGGCUCAUCGUAAUGGGAGUGCGGUGCGGAGUUUAUUAGUGAUGUCGCUUGGACGUCAUAUGUGGAGUUACGGUGAAGAUCAACAGGCACUCGUGUGGGAUGCGGUGCAAUUAACACUACAGGGAUCUUUUCAAUUUCCUGGUAAUGGUUUUUUGUCGCUUUCUUCUGGGGAACGCUGUGCACAUACCACUCUUUGGGGUGUUAAUGCCACUGCAGGAACAGCCACGUGGUUUGUGGUGAAGGAGCCUCUUAUCUGUGAUGAGCGGAGUUCUCUGUUGACGCGUGAUGAGUGUAUUAUGAAGACUCAAGAUGCCGAGCGCUUUUAUGUGCUGGAUAUGCUUAUUUCGCAUCUUUGUUCGGUACUUCAAUUGGACCAAUACGAAGAAGAAUCAGAAGAAAAUAAUAAUAAUGAUAAUGAUGAUGAUAAUGAAAUGAAAGAUAUGUAUCCACGGAAAUCCAAGCCUGAACUGAGACAGAGAAAAGUCCAUGAUGAUAGAGAAGAGGGAACUGUGAAUGUGGGGAAUACACUGUCAACACCCCCACACUUGGAUGUGGCCUUGCAGCAAUUGCAGGACGAUCAACCAACUUUGCGUUUAUUACCUCCCGCUAUCGCCUCACUUGUAGUGGGUCAGCGAAUGCUGCAGCGGGCACUUAUUGAAGAGGGACUUUAUUCAAUGAGUUUUCUUGAAGAUUUGCGGCAGUUACUGCAGUUGCGGCGUCAACACCGUGAAUUACAAUCACAAGUGCAACGUUGUCUGGUUGGAUUGAAUGAACUAUUGCCACCCAAUGAGUGCUGUGAAAGUAUAGAAGAUGUGGUAGACACCACACGCUCUUUAUUACAAUGCGGUGGGAUAUCAACGUCUAUCGUAACAUCUCCAAAUAAAAUGUCAAUGGAACAACAACAACAACAACAACAACUGCCAAUACACUCACAGAGACAUAGUAAAUCACUAGAAGACACUCCUCCUCCUCCUAUACAUAUUUCUCUUUCCCAUACUACGGAUACUAAUAAUAAUAAUAAUAAUAAUAAUAAUAAUAAUAAUACUGCUGCUGCGGUGACGAUGAGGGGUAGUGUAUUACUGCCAGAGACGAUAGAGGCACGUCAUGUACACAUCCGUCAAUUAGAAGAAGAUCUCGCAGCGGAGCGACGCCGCCGCGAAGAACUCGAGGCACAAUUCACCGCCGCCGAGGAGGAACGACAGGAAAUGCAGCAACAACUCACACGGGCCCAUCGUCUGCAGGAAGAAUUUGAGUCCCGCACAGUCGCACUGGAAAAGGCCCUUAAAGCCGCCAAACGUGCAGCCGCCGUUCCCGCCGCCGGGGCCACACGAUUGUGUGAAUUGGAGACUUCUCUGCUGGAGGCAAACCGCCGAGUGGAGGAACUGCAAUUGAAGGUGGAAACACUCACGCGGGGAGAAGUGCAGAUGCAGCAGGAGAACAGAUCUCUUCAAACAUUCUUGCAUCGAUAUAGAGUGAAGGAACAACUUGCCAAGCGGGUAUUCGCAAACUUUAUUGAAACACAGAAUCAUGUGCUGGAUAAACUGGAAGGGAUGCUGCAAGAGACAACGAACAAGCGCAAUCCAUAUAGCGAUAAGGAUAGAAAUGGUAGGGAUGAUAUUCCAGGUGAUGUGGAAAUACUGUACGAUUGGCUUUGUGCUCGAAUUGAAGAACAACGUGAAACUCACGCCGGUCUUAGACACAGCUACAUGCAACAGUCAGAAGAAGGAGAAGGGAAGGAAUGGGAAAUGGCAUCCACAUCAUCUUCAACAGCACCGGUAUCAUGUGUGAAGUGA